UCGGGUUCCUCUCUCCAGCAGCGGGCACUUCAUGCCAGACCUCAGCAGGGCCGAUGGGCCAGGCGUCCAAGGCUGGACACUGUGGCCUGGGCCCCGACACCCAGUGCCAGGGCUCACUGGUGGGCGGCCCUUCUCUCAAGGGCUCACUUGCCCCUGCCGUGGCCUCUUCGGGCCCCCCGCACUCAGCCCAGGGCUCCAUGAGAGGAGCGCCAGCGCGUUUCGCGGCUCAUUCCAGGGAUGACAGCAGUCUGCCCGAGAGGCUGACCGGGCCGUGCAGGCCUGGCGACGGAGGGUGUUGGCAAGAGUGUUUAUCUUCAGGCAGCUCCAAGUCCCUGGGCCCUGUCGUCCACGCAGCCUGGAGCGAGGGAUCGAGGGCCCCGAAGACCGAGAAACGUCCCCCAUCACCGGGGUUGAAUGGCCCCUCUUACACCCCAGUCCUUCCCGGCUCCCAAGACCCCUUCACUUCCAGCUUCAGCUUCAUCCGCCUCUCGCUCCGUGCCGCGGGGCAGCGCGGAGAGGCAGAAGGGUGCCUGCCACGCCGAGAGGCCGAACUGCUUUAUCAGAGCCCCCAAGCCAUGGCAGCCGAGGCACCUGACCCGGGGCCCCACGAGGACCCCCGACCCCUCCGGACCUCCAGUCUUCAAGCUCCUCCGGCCUCGGCGGACUCGGCUGAGGGGACAGGGAGCCCCAGCGAGCUGGAAUGCUGCCUGGUCUCCUCCCGGGACGCUGGCCUCUCUUCCCAGGCUGCUGGCGGGGCGGAGGACCCGGGUGGCUGUGCCUGGGCUGCCCGUGGGUGGCACGCUUUGCUCAAGGACUGGGAGCCGGUGCUGCAGGGCUGCCUAUGGAGCCACCGCCGGCAGCUGGAGGUCACUUCCUUAAGCUUAAAACUCCAGAAACUUCAAGAAAAAGCCAUCGAGGGUGGUGAUUACGAUAAAGCAGAGACACUGAAGCAGAGAUUGGAAGACCUGGAACAGGAGAAAGGCCGCCUGCCCUGGGCCCUGCCUUCACAGCAACCUGCCCUUCACAGCUUCUUGAGCUACCUGGCAGCACAGACCCGGGUGGCCUUGCACGGAGCUACCAAAAGGUCCUGCCGCAGUGACCCAGAGGCCCCACCUGAAGGAGAGCCGAGGACCGCUGCCCAGGACAGCCUGCCUGCAUCCAUCACCAGGCGGGACUGGCUUCUUGGACAGAAGGAGCAAUUGCAGAGGGAGAUGGAAGGCCUCCAAGCAAGCAUGUCAGCGAUGCAGGCGAGAGAGCAGCAGCUGAGCCGAGAGUUGGCUGAGCAGGAGUUGCUGCUCCGGUGGCACAGCCGUGACCUCGACGUGGCGCCCCUGCUGGCCCGGCUGUCCCCCAGCCAGCUGCAGGAGGUCAGCCAGGUGCUGGGGGAGACCCUGACCUCUGAUGGCCAGGCCCCUCCUUACCCUGUGGAGCCACUGGAAGCCCUCAGGAGCCUCCGGGAGCGGACAAAGUCACUGAGCCUGGCUGCUCGGGAGAUCACUGCUCAGGUGUGCUCUGCUGAGAGACUGUGCAGCUCUGUGAGGAGGAGGCUGGGUGAGCUGGACACCAGGCUGCCCACCCUGCUGGAAGCCAAGAUGCUGGCCGUAUCAGGAAGCCACUUCUGUACAGCCAAGGAGCUCACAGAGGAGGUCCAGGCCCUGUCGGCGGAGCGGGAAGGGCUGGAGUCGCUCCUGGGCAGGCUGCUGGCACUCAACUCCAGGAACAUCAGAAGGCUGCGCAGCGUCCAGGAGGACUAUGUCAGGAGCCGGCAGGACCUGGCGCUCCGGGAGGCCGCCCACAAAGCAGCUGUGAAGGCGAACACCGCACAGCGGAUGGAAGCACUGGAGGGCCGGCUGCGCAGGAAGAGCGGACAUCUCACCACAGAACCGGCCAUGACUACACACCAGCCAUGACGAAUAGAUGCAAA